UAACAUAGCUCUGUUCUGUCCAGACACCACCACCACCUUCAUCUCUGACAAUGGGCAAAUCACAGAGCAAACUCUCCCCAGAACAGCUCGCUGACCUCCAGAAAAAUACAUACUUUGACAAGCGAGAACUCCAGCAAUGGUACAAGGGCUUUCUCAAAGAUUGUCCAUCCGGUCAGCUGGACAAGACCGAGUUUGGUCGGAUAUACAAGCAAUUCUUUCCUUUCGGAGAUCCUGGUGAAUUCGCGGAUUACGUCUUCAAUGUCUUCGACGAGAACAAGAACGGAACAAUCGACUUUAAGGAAUUUAUAUGUGCUCUUAGUGUCACGAGUCGCGGUCGUCUCGACGAAAAGCUCAAGUGGGCUUUCCAGCUCUACGAUAUAGACAAGGACGGCUUCAUUACUUAUGACGAAAUGCUUAUGAUUGUCCAGUCAAUAUACAAAAUGACGGGUCAAAUGGUUAAACUACCACCCGACGAAGAUACCCCUGAGAAGCGUGUGGACAAGAUAUUUCAUAAUAUGGACCGUGACAAAGAUGCGAAGCUAACAUACGAAGAGUUCGUUGAGGGUAGCAAGCAAGACCCAACUAUAGUCCAGGCACUAUCACUUUAUGAUGGCCUAGUAUGAGGAGAUGUUUCAGAUUAGUGAUGUGUGUUGUAUUGUAUCUUUCUGUCAUUGACUUCGUCAUCUCCAGACCAUUAAAGCUGAUGUAGUAGUAAUAUAACAUUAUUGCUUCCUUUUCUCGACUAGCAGUGGACUUUCACGUUGGUCCUUCGUGCCAGCCAAAUUUGUACACUUCCACGGAAAUGUAAUUAAAUUCAAGUUGUACAGGCGGACAGCCGUAUGUAGUCUAUUGGAUUGGUUUUGGAUUUGACUUGCCGUACUUCUCUAGAACUUCAAGCUCCACGGCAUCGCCCACCCAAGAAUAGAGGCCUUCAGCGAAUUGGAGGUUAUCCACUUCUGCAUUGAACAACUUGGCAAAGUCCUGGGGUUGCCCCAUUUGCUGGGCAUUCAUUGAGGCAAAAGGUGAUACCGACAUGUCACGCGCGGAAGAAGCAGCGUUAUCAUAUCCAAGAAUAAGACGGUACAAGCCAUUCAGGCCGAAGAAGUUGAGAAAAUACCACGACAGUGACGAAACCCACCGGACGUCCAUAUUGGGAGUUUCGAUCCCUCGUUGCAGCAUGGAUUUAAAACCGAGGGUCAAGGGAAAUGGUAGUUUGAUUAGCACAAAUCCUUGGAAAAAGAAGUUGAUCCAGCCCAUAAUGACCAUCUGUGGUACCAUCAUCACCAUCUGAGUUUUCAGGCCCGACAUCA